AUGACGGUCAAGAAGCUCAAGGUCAUCAUCGUCGGUGCCGGGUUCGGCGGCUUGGGGGCAGCUAUUGAAUGUGCUGAUCGUGGCAUGGAUGUGACUGUCAUUGAAAAGUACCCCGACUCAAACAACCAGGGUGACAUUCUUGACUUCUUCCCCAACGCUGGCCGUAUCAUCCAUCGAUGGGACAAUGGCAAGGUCGGCCAGCAAAUUCACGACACCGGGUGCAGCCGCAUCCGGACGAUGGAGCUCUGCAAGUACGAUGGAAAGUUCCUCACCAACGUGCCCUGGGCGAGAGACGGCAAAGAACACAACAUUACGUACGCCGGCCACCGAGGUCAAGUCCACUCCAUUUUCCUCGCCCAAGCAAAGAAACUGGUCAAAGACAUCAGGAUCGGAAUAGCUGUUACCGAGUACCUCGAAGAAGAUGGCAGAGCGGGCGUCUUGCUCUCCUCCGGCGAAACUCUCUGGGGUGACUGUGUCAUUGCCGCAGAUGGACCGCGGUCCAUCGCCCGCGAGAAGGUCCUCGGCCUUGAUAAUGAUAGCAAGGACGGGAAGAACAGCGGCUGGGCAGUGUUCAGAAGCUUCUUCAAGACCGACGAAGAAAUGUUGAAGCAUCCCGGGCUGAAGGAUCUGUAUCAUACCGACAGGGACACUGUCAGGUUUUGGAUGUACGACAACUUGAGCCUCAUGGCUUUUGUCUGGAACCAGGGCAAGGACAUUGCUUGGGUUUUGAUUCAUCCGGACGACAAAGAAUCCAGCGAGUCUUGGUCAAAUAUCGCGGAGCGAGAGCACCUAGCCAAGUGGAUGAAGUACUUCACCGCCGAGGACGCCCAGGCACUGUACGAAGUAACCCCUGUGGGCAAGACCAUCGACUUCAAGCUCGUCUACCGCCCCACGAUAGACAACUGGGUGAGCAAGGGCGGCCGCACCAUCCUAAUCGGCGACGCAGCCCACGCAAACCUGCCAACCGCCGGCCAGGGCGCGUCCCAGGCGCUGGAGGACGCCGUCACAGUGGCCCAGUGCCUGACCAUGUCCGAGGGAGACGUCAAGCUCGCUCUGGAGGCCGCGCAGCGGAUCCGCUACCACCGGUCCAACGCUGUGCACAAGAGCGGGCAGACGAAUCGGGAUGCGUUCUACAAGAUUCCCUGGGACGACAUCGAGGCGGCGCCUGAGGAGUGGGCGAAGAAGAGAUUUCCGAAGCUGAAGCCGUGGGACCCGCUGCAGUUUGCCACGGAGCAGUUCCCCAAGGUGGCUGAGGAUAUUAAGAAGGGAGUCGUGGGUCAUCUUGACGAUGUUGCUGUUCCUCCGCCUGAGGGUGGAUAUUGGUAA